AUGAUGGCCGUGUAUCGAUAUCGGACUUUUUCCACUUCUGUGGCGCAUUUGAAGAGUCUUAGGUUUGCAGAGACCAUAAAGGAGGCGAGCAAGCCACCAUUGACGGAAUCUAUAAAAGUUUCGAAGCCAUUUGGCGUGGAAAGAGGAACAGUCUUGAACCAUAAAUCCAGUGGUUUUGGAGGCUUGACACACGAAUUGUUUAGUUCUGAGGCCAAAGAGCGUCGGCAAAAACGAUUGGAUCAUGAUAUAGCACACAGUCCUUUCUACGAGUCCAAAUCUUUCAACAAUACCAAAGGUAAGAUUUUCACUCCACCAAUAUCAUUUUUCAGAAGUGACAAGUCCAAAUAUUUUCCUGACUUUUCCUCGUCUACAUUAACAAAGAAAUCACAACUGUUUUACGAGCUUCUCCAAAACAAAAUCAGUUUUGUGCGGAUCUACUCCACGGUUUCUGGUGAGAAAUGUGCAGACUCGUAUUUCGAUAGAGAUGGAAAAAACUACUUGAAACAGGAUUAUGCUGAGAUGGUGCAGAGAUAUCCUCAUUCUCAGAUCAUUGAUAUCAAUAUUCCUCAGAGUUUUGUAAAAGGGUUGUUUGUUAAGCUUGCUGAAAGUAAUCUCAGAGCACAACUACCAAAUGAGAGACACAAUCUUUAUUAUAUUGUAUCUGAGUCAUUGUUUCCGUACGACAUCAAGCAAAAAAUGCUCUGUGAUAAUACCUGUUCCGGCUACAUCUACUUGGUGGACCACCAGGGGCGCAUUAGAUGGGCAACUAGUGGCAGUGCCAAUGAUAGUGAAGUGGAGUUGAUGUGGAAAUGUUUAAAGGGAUUGGAGAAGGAAUACGCCCUGUUGUCACAAUAG